UGAGAUCUGAGGUCCUGAUUUUCUACAACAUGUGUUCUAUUCCUGGACUACCAAUACCAGGAUCCCAAGUAUCAGUUCUCAUCACAAGGAAAUGACAGAGUUGCACCAAGCAGCAGCUGCUGGAGACUUUGAUCUGGUAAAGGAGAUCCUGAAGAAGAAUAAAUGCAACCCUAAUCAUAAAGACAUAGAUUGGAACUACAAGACACCGCUUCACUGGGCAGCAACUAAAGGACAGACAGAGACUGUUAGGAUUCUGGUGGAGCACGGCGCCAGAGCCUGUCUGAGAACUGAUAGUGGAUGGACAGCUGCCCACUUUGCAGCUGAGGCGGGGAGACUUGGAGUGCUGCGGCUGCUCCACUCACUCCACUGCCCUGUAGAUAAAGAGGACCGCUGUGGGGACAGACCAGUCAGGAUAGCACAAGUCUACGGACACAUUGACUGUGUUCGCUUCCUUGAAAAGGCAGAGCUAGAGUGCAGGGCGUACCGCCAGAUGGCAGUGUUGAAAGGUUUUCCCCUGGACGACACAGACGAGGAAUGGGAGGAGCAGAAAAGAGAGGAAGAACUAAAGAGGACUGCAAACCAACACAGGGGGUUAAAAAAGCUCAUUAACAAAAAACAUAUUGGGGAAAAUGCCACAGAAACAGUUAAUAUAAUGUACUCAAAACAAAUGUAGAACAAGUACUAGUUCCAUUUGGGCAGAAUAACUCUCAUUUGGGCCCUUGUGUGCAAUUGACAAAUAUAAAUGUAAUCCUUUAUUUUAAUUACAUGUGUUAAAUUAUGUAGAUGAUUUAAUUUGAUAUUAUAAAAAAAACAAAUUAUGUUCACACGGAAUACAUUUUUAACAUUAAUUACUAUAAUAACAUUCACCAUUCUACAUAAGUACAGUAUAGCUCUUCUACUUAUAAAAUGUUGCUAUAGAAGUAAAUUUUUUAUUACUAGACAUUAUUCAUUAACAACAGAACAAAAGGACCAAAAAAUAUGUUACAGAAGUAAAUGAGGUGUACUUGCCAACUUGUUUACAAUAAAAAGUGUAUGACUUUAAAAUUGGGAUAGCCAAACCAUGUGAAACAAUUUUGUUAUAGGGUUAAUUAAUGCCAAUUACACAUUAUACGGUAACUGGUAUAAUCAUAGUCAAUAAACAUUGGAUAGCUAAGGCACGUGAAACAAAUUUGGUUUAGUUUAGGGUUAACUAAAUCUAAUUAUACAACUCAUGUUAAUUUAAUGUAGUCAUUAUCAUUAAAAGUUCACACAUUUUUUAUUGGGAUCACCUAAAUGUGAAUGAAAGUUUGUUUUGUCUCUGGAAUCUACUUUUAUAGGGUUAAUAUGAUGUCUAAUAGUAUAGUUGAUCACUUGAACGCUGUAAGACAUACGUCU